AUGAUCCUCCACCGCAGCUUAAGCUCCUCCACCGCCGCCGCCCCGCCAGCCGAGGACGACGACUUCGCCACAGGUAAGCCGCCACCGCCUCCUCCUCCAAAAUUCCUCCGUUCACUAGGGGAAUUCUCAGGCCAGCUGGGGAAGAUGCUCUGCCAGGCCGCGAGCCAGAUGGGGAUUAUGAUUGUCAUCCUGGACCCCCUUCAGGACUGCCCGGCCAGCUCUGUUUGCCACGAGCACGUCGUGGGGAGCUUCAACGACGGUGACACGGUCCGGGAGUUUGCCAAGAGGUGUGGGGUCCUAAUAGUGGAGAUUGAACAUGUUGAUGCCGUCACACUUGAGAAGCUAGAACAACAGGGUGUCGACUGCGAGCCUAAAGCCUCCACGAUAAUGAUUAUUCAGGACAGAUACAGGCAGAAAAAUCAUUUCUCAAAAUUUGGGAUCCCUUUGCCUAACUUCAUGGAAGUAGAUACUUCACACAGUAUAGAGGAAGCAGGGGAAAGGUUUGGCUAUCCUCUAAUGGUAAAAGGCAAGAGGUUAGCAUAUGAUGGUCGAGGCAAUGCUGUUGCCCAAAACAAAGAGGAGCUAUCUUCUGUUGUUGCUUUAUUCAGAGUACCCAUCAAGACUCAGUCACUUCUUGGACUUGAUUCCCUCCUAUCUAUUGUGCAAUUAGGUGCUCACCAGGGCCUCACUAGCGCAAAUGACAUUCAUCGCUACUUGAAUGAUAACCACCUAAGGGUGUUCGCAUGUUUUUUUGCUAAUAACAGCAUACCAGAGCUCCCAGAUAAAUGA